CAUAAAACAUACCAGCUUUGAUAAUGAUGAGUUGUGAUUUCCAUCAUUUAACAAUAUUAAAAAUGUCUCCACAGACACCUAAUUUCCCAGACCCCAGUUUGAGAACCACUGGAAAAUGAAACGUUGUGAAACAUGCUUGGUUUAACUCACACUCUCUCAUAAACAUGAUAGCAGGGCUGAAAACUGAAAAAUAUAGUUCUUUUUUUUACAUUCUACAUCUACAAAACAGAAUUACACAAUCAUUUAAUGGUGUUUCCUACAGUGAUUGAGUCAGUGUCAGCAGUUAUCUUUAUCAGCAUUCCCACAGACAUGCUCUAGUUGAUUUAUUUGAAUAUUCCUCAUAAAGAAGUCAUUAAAACAGUUAACACAUAUUAUUUAAGAUAAGGCAAGAAAAGUUAAAACUGGCUCAAACUCUCAAGCAGUUUGCUUUAACCAGUUAAGACGUAAAAGAAAAUAUUGACCUUUCACAGAGCUGGAGAAGGAUAUAGAUAUAAGCGACACUGUUACCAACAGUGAAAACCAUCAUAGAGAAAUGUUCAAAAGAAAUGUCCAUAUCAAACGAAAAAUAUCUAAGAAAGUUCUUGUGUUCUAUUUGUAAACUUUAAUUUCCAAAUUUCACAUAUUUUGUUGUUUUGUUAUAGGCCACUGUAAUCAUUGUGUUCUUGAAGCAUUUAUAAUCCAAAGCUAUGGGGAUUGAACAACAAAUUCAGCUUAUCAGAAUACAUCAGACUGGAGCUCAGACAGUUACUAGUCAUAGUGUCAAGACACAAUAUUGACAGAGAACUGGUUUCUGUCCAUAUUUCCACCUCAAAUGCAAAUAUAUGGGAGGGAAACAUAAUCGUGUCAUGUACUCCUACAGUGGCAAAACCAAAGAGGUGUAGGCUACAUUAUCAACUUAUAUAUUCAUUAGCAUGUCCUCGUAGACCUGGUGUGUUUUCUUUUCUUAUUUGUCACCUUAUCUGAAUUUUCUUGAAAGGUUCCACCUCACAUUGCUCUACCUUUGAGCACACACUGUGUGAAGAUGAGGUGUGGCAGGUAACACAGAAGUAAGAGCCUCCAUGGCUUGGUCACUUUUCACCACUUUCUUUAGAGUGCUGUUAAUGCCAAAGUACAUUAAUGGAAAUAUAGAGCUUUGUCCAGAUGCAUAGAAUGGAGGAAACAGGAAAUGUAUGCCUAACUGAAACAGUAUAAGUGAGCUUUUGAUCUUCGUUUUGACACAUCAGCCAUGAUCCUCAUGUCUACAUUAAACCAGACAAACACCAGUGCUUCAAUCGCUGUGACUCCAUCUUCAGUCAACAUAACUUCAUCUUCAAUCAACAUAACUUCAUCUUCAAUCAACUCAACUUCAAAAUCAGUCUUUGUAACUUCACCGUCAGUAACUGCACCUCCAACCUCAGUCACUGUAUUUCCAACAUCAGUCACUUCAGUCACAGUCAAUGUCACUACACUGAUUACCAACUCCACCACUGCCUACCCUGGGUUUCUGCCCUCUCUGUUGGACAAGAUCCCAUUGCCAAGAUGGGCCAUCUAUGCGAUAAUUGCCCUGAUCCUCCUGGUGCUUUUAAUCUGUGUGCUGUGCUGCUGCAUAAAGUGCUGCUGCAAAGGGAAGAAGAAGAAAAAGAAGAAGAAUCAGACGCUCAGCCUUAAAGGACUGAAUGGUACCAGUACAACAGCACUAGUGCAGCCUGAAACGGGGGAUGUAGAGUAUGGAUCACUUAACCAGCCACGAGGGAAGCUGCUGUAUUCCCUGGAGUACAAUGCAGCACGCUCAGAGAUGACUGUUGGAGUGAAAGAAGCUGCAGAAUUAAUGGCUAUGGACUCCUCAGGAACAUCUGACCCUUAUGUAAAAGUUUACAUCCUUCCCAACAAGUCCAAAACCUUUGAGACCAAAGUGUUCAGAAAAACUCUGAACCCAGUGUUCAACGAGCACUUUAAGUAUCAGAUUUCUCAGAAGGAUCUCAGCGAAUCUACACUUGUCGUGCAGGUGUAUGACUUCAACAGAUUCUCCAAACAUGAUGUAAUUGGUGAGCUGAGGCUGGAGCUCUCUGCUGUGGACUGGAACCAUGUGAUCGAGGAGUGGAGAGACCUGAGUGCACCCUCAAAACAUGAGCAAGAACAUCUGGGUGAGAUUUGUUUCUCCCUGCGUUAUGUUCCCACUGCAAGUAAGCUCACUGUGGUGAUUCUGGAGGCCAAGAACUUGAAGCAAAUGGACAUUGGAGGAUCUUCAGAUCCAUAUGUUAAAAUCCAGCUGGUUCUGGACAAGAAGAAGUGGAAGAGAAAGAAAACAUCGGUGAAGAAGCAAACACUGAAUCCUUACUUCAAUGAAUCCUUUACAUUUGAUGUGUCAUUUGAUCAGAUUCAGAGGGUCCAGUUGGUGAUCUCUGUGUGGGAUCAUGAUAAAGUGAGCAGGAAUGAUGCCAUUGGGAAAAUCUUCCUGGGAUGUGAUGCUACAGGAAACCAGCUGCGGCACUGGGCAGACAUGCUGUCAAACCCACGCAGGCCUGUGGCACAGUGGCAUACUCUGCUCUCAGCUGAGCAGGUGGACUCAACUCUGGCCCUAAAACACACACUGAGGAUCCCAUUCACCAAUAAGACUUUUUGAAAAUGUCACCACUUCAUUUGUGAACGACUUGGUGCCAUUUGUUUUACCAACAUGUAAUUUCUUGAGCAGAAAUAUCAAAAAGUGGACGUUGCUUAUGUUGCUUUAUUUUAAAAAGUGUACCUACAAGCUGUAUAGCAUUUUGAAAUGUAAAAAUUUAUCAAUCAGUAGAGUGUGCCCUGAAAUAUUUUAAUAUUUAAUAUUUUAUAAAUAACCUCUCUGAUACACUGUCCGGUACGACACAUGUUGAAGACUUUAUUUGUAAUCCAGUGCUUAUACUAAACGCAUAUUUCUGAUAAUACUAUAUAUAAUGUGUGUGCGUGCAGUAUGUAGAGAAAUAAUUGUCUUUUAAUUAAUAAAUCAGUAAUUUGUUUUUCACGUAAA